UCUCUCAUCACCAUCAUAUGUUGGGAUAUUUUGUAGUUCUUUUCUUUGACAUUUCAUAUUGGCACAUUUUGGGGGUUAGUUUUACGCAAUUGCCUGCAAUUGAGGAAAAAUAAAAGAUCCAAAGAAUUUUCCGUGAAAACUCUUGCAAUUAAAUAAAAGUUUUAAUUGGAAUUUUACUCAAUAUGUCUGCCUUAUAUGCUGCCCGUCAUGUUACCGGUGUGACUUCUUCGGUUUUGUCGAGAUGCACGGCCGUAAGACGUUGCCUAAGCACAGCACGUUUGGUGCGUUCUGCCAAAGGCUCCCCCUCUGCCUUGUUGCAUUUGAACAAACAUUUGAACCCCAUGGCCUCUUAUUCGGCCGGAUUCCAAAAAUUUGUACGAGAAUAUGCUUCCGAAAAGAAAGUAUUCGAACGCACCAAGCCUCACUGUAAUGUUGGUACAAUUGGUCAUGUUGAUCAUGGCAAAACUACCUUAACUGCCGCCAUUACCAAGGUCUUGGCCGACAAACAAUUGGCUGAAAGCAAGAAAUACAAUGAAAUCGAUAAUGCCCCCGAAGAAAAGGCCCGUGGUAUUACCAUCAAUGUGGCCCAUGUGGAAUAUCAAACCGAGAAUCGCCAUUAUGGUCACACCGAUUGUCCUGGCCAUGCUGAUUACAUUAAGAACAUGAUCACCGGUACUGCCCAGAUGGAUGGCGCCAUUUUGGUUGUAGCCGCAACUGAUGGUGCUAUGCCCCAGACCCGUGAACAUUUGUUGUUGGCCAAGCAAAUUGGUAUUAACCACAUUGUGGUCUUUAUCAACAAAGUUGAUGCUGCUGACCAGGAAAUGGUUGAUUUGGUAGAAAUGGAAAUUCGUGAAUUGCUUAGUGAAAUGGGUUAUGAUGGUGACAACAUUCCCGUGAUUAAGGGUUCCGCAUUGUGUGCCCUGGAGGACAAAAAUCCCGAAAUCGGUUCCGAGGCCAUUUUGAAACUUCUCAACGAGGUGGACAACUUCAUUCCCACACCCGUACGUGAAUUGGACAAACCAUUCCUUUUGCCUGUUGAAAAUGUCUACUCCAUUCCUGGUCGUGGUACUGUUGUAACUGGUCGCUUGGAACGUGGUAUUGUUAAGAAGGGCUUCGAAUGUGAAUUUGUUGGCUACAACAAGGUGAUCAAGUCCACCGUUACCGGCAUUGAAAUGUUCCAUCAAAUUUUGGAUGAAGCCCAGGCUGGUGAUCAGUUGGGUGCCCUCGUUAGAGGUGUAAAACGUGAUGAAAUCAAACGUGGCAUGGUUAUGUGCAAGCCCGGCAGUGUCAAGGCCUUGGAUCAAUUGGAAGCCCAAGUCUAUAUUCUAGCCAAGGAGGAAGGUGGUCGUUCAAAACCUUUUAUGUCCUUCAUUCAAUUGCAAAUGUUUUCACGUACCUGGGAUUGUGCUGUCCAAGUGCAAAUCCCCGACAAAGAGAUGGUAAUGCCUGGCGAAGACACCAAAUUGAUUUUGCGUUUAAUACGUCCCAUGGUCCUGGAACAGGGUCAGCGUUUCACCUUGCGUGAUGGUAAUUUGACUUUGGGUACUGGUGUAGUGACCAAGGUAUUGCCUCCCUUGAGCGAAACCGAACGUCUCUCGCUGACAGAGGGCAAGAAGGCACGUGAGAAGAAAAUGGCCGAUAAAAAGUAAAAUUAUUAUGUAGUUUGUAAUUAAAAUCUAUGAUAAGUUCUUAUUAUUUUACGAUACCUUUUGAUUUUUCUUAAAGAAAAUAUUAUGUUGCACCUUUUUUGUAAUUGGCUAAUUGAAAAGAGCAUUUUUCAAGAAGAAUUGUCAUUUCUUUAAAAAAAUGUAUUAAUGAUUUUCUGUUAAGUUUGAUAAACUGCAGUGGAAAGUUAUCCCAUAGCAUAAAAAGGAAAUGAUGAAAAAUUAACAAAAUAAAUAUGAAGGAAAAUCAA